CAGUCGCCGCGGACGCUGUUCUCCUUCCCCGAGUCGCCAUUUUGCUCCUGGAGACGCCGCCUGGGGAGCGGCGCUUUCUUCCUUCGGCAGCCGAGGCUGCGGCGGGGCCGGGGCUGGGGUCGGGGCCAGGAGGAAUUUUGUCAGAGCCUAAGAGGAGGUUGUCGUAAUUGACUUUAAGCAGCAAACACUAAAACACUGAGCUCUUCAGCUCCGCCUUUCUUGCUCUGAGAAUUGGAAAACCAAGAAGGUUUUGAUGUUUUGUGUGGCGUCACCUGAAUUAGAAGCCAAGAUGAACGUAACCAAAGGCGGCCUGGUGCUGUUCUCAGCAAAUUCUAACUCCUCGUGCAUGGAGCUUUCCAAGAAAAUCGCCGAGCGGCUGGGAGUGGAGAUGGGCAAAGUGCAGGUGUACCAGGAGCCAGACAGAGAAACAAGAGUACAGAUUCAAGAGUCCGUGAGGGGGAAGGACGUGUUCAUCAUCCAGACAGUGUCCAGGGACGUGAACAGCACCAUCAUGGAGCUGCUGAUCAUGGUGUACGCGUGUAAGACGUCCUGUGCCAAAAGCAUCAUCGGCGUGAUCCCCUACUUCCCGUACAGCAAGCAGUGCAAGAUGCGGAAGCGCGGCUCCAUCGUCUCCAAGCUGCUGGCGUCGAUGAUGUGCAAAGCUGGUCUCACUCAUCUCAUCACCAUGGAUUUGCACCAGAAGGAAAUCCAGGGCUUCUUCAACAUCCCUGUUGACAAUUUAAGGGCGUCCCCCUUCUUACUACAGUAUAUUCAAGAAGAGAUCCCGGAUUACAGGAACGCGGUGAUUGUGGCCAAGUCUCCAGCCUCAGCCAAGAGGGCACAGUCCUUUGCGGAGCGCUUGCGCCUGGGGAUCGCGGUCAUCCACGGGGAAGCGCAGGACGCCGAGUCCGACCUGGUGGACGGCCGGCACUCCCCGCCCAUGGUCCGGAGCGCGGCCGCCAUCCACCCCAGCCUGGAGAUCCCCAUGCUGAUUCCCAAGGAGAAGCCCCCGAUCACGGUUGUCGGCGACGUGGGCGGAAGGAUCGCCAUCAUUGUGGACGACAUCAUCGAUGACGUGGACGGCUUCCUCGCGGCCGCAGAGACCCUGAAGGAGAGGGGCGCCUACAAGAUCUUCGUGAUGGCCACACACGGCCUGCUGUCCUCCGACGCCCCCCGGCUGAUCGAGGAGUCUGCCAUUGACGAGGUGGUGGUUACCAACACAAUCCCACACGAAAUCCAGAAGCUCCAGUGCCCCAAAAUCAAAACUGUGGACAUCAGCAUGAUCCUCUCAGAAGCCAUCCGUCGGAUUCACAAUGGGGAGUCCAUGUCCUACCUUUUCAGAAACAUAGGUUUAGAUGACUGACGGGUUCCCUUGUUAAAACUCCUGAGGGCCAAACUGGGAUCUGAGAAUGAGUGCCGUGAGGUGUUGCUGGCUGGGUGUGUUUCACAGGGGCCACCUGUGUCUCGUUCCUUCCUUUUUGUUCAUUCCUACAGAGACAGACCAACUUCUUACGUCUGCGUGGGUGUUUGUGAAUCUGGGGGGCAAUUUUUAUAACAGAAAAACUGUAUUGUCCUCUUAAAUACGUUAAGACCUGGUUGUGUUCAGUUUAACUAUUUAAAAAAUAACUGGGAAUAAGAUUUUUAAGCUCACAAACAGCCUUUUUCCAAAGUUGCUUGAGCCCAAGUGCUUAAAAAAGUUAAUAAAAUAAAAUGAUCUACUAAUGAUACCACAGUUGAGAAGCGAAAAAGAUUCUCCUGUCAACUCCAGUAAACUUCCAGAAGUGCUUUUAUAGACAAGCUUAUGGAAUAUGUGACGGUUAUUUAUUUUCUGCAACAAAAGAAGGAAUAAAAACUUACCGUGUUUGUGUGUGGUUUUUUUUAAA